GUGAAGCGGAUCUGAUGUUAGAGCUGUGCAGCGGAGCAGCGUCGUGCGCCUGGAUGUGCCAGAGACUUUUCACUGCGUCUUCUGCCGGGAUGCGACCAGGAAGCCACGCUGGAGGGAGAAAGUUAAGUGCAAGCACAGCUCAAGGAAGGGAGUAGCCUAAAAUGUGGAUGAACUGACAUUUUUCUCCGCUAUCCGGGCGAAUUACUCCACUUGAAGACCGAGCAAGCGUCGCUCCUUUGAAAAAUGGCCGUUCGUGGCAACUCGCUGAUACCCUUCUCCAUCCAAGCCAUUCUGAACAAAAAGGACGACGGUAGACAUUUGCCAGAUUUGGACAUGUGCUUCUCCAAGACGGCGUGCUGGAAAAUAUUCGGGGAAAUGAACGAGGGCUCUGGGAGUAACGAUGGAGACCACUGCGAGCAGAAAAGCUACGACUCGGACUCCGGGCUCAGCGACGACAACGACGGGAAGAUUCCGGCCGCGCGCAAGUCGGAGAAGGACGCGGAGCGAGCGUCGGAUGUGCCGGAGGAGAGUUUGCAGGAGGAAAGUUUGCAGGAGGAGAGUCUGCAAGAGGAGAGCCUGCAGGAGGAGACGGACCACGAGUCCGCAGCCGCGGAAAACGCAAAGAGCGACAGCGACCACAACAAUGCCACGGACUGCAGCACCCUGGACGAGAAGAGCCUGGAUCAGCCCAACAAGCAGCGGAAGAAGCGCUCCCGGGCCGCCUUCUCCCACGCGCAGGUCUUCGAGCUGGAGCGGCGCUUCAACCACCAGCGGUAUCUGUCCGGCCCGGAGCGGGCCGACCUGGCCGCCUCGCUCAAGCUCACGGAGACGCAGGUCAAGAUCUGGUUCCAGAACCGCCGCUACAAGACGAAACGCCGGCAGAUGGCCGCCGACUUGAUGGCGUCGACCCCGGCGGCCAAGAAAGUGGCGGUGAAGGUGUUGGUGCGGGACGACCAGAGACAGUACGGCCCGGGGGAGAUCCUGCGGCCGCCGCUGCUCUCCCUGCAGCCGUCCUACUACUACCCGUACUACUGCCUCCCUGCCUGGACGCUGUCUGCUUGCGCAGGCAAUCAGUGAUACAUCAUGACUGUAUUUAUUCUUUUUUUUUUUUUUUUUUUAUAAAUUCUCCUCCACGGGAACUAGGCUAAAAUAAACUGACUUUAUAUUUUCUGACAAGAAGAGGAGACCAUGGGGCCUGGUAACCAGCUCCUCCGGGUAACAUCAAGGGGUUCCCAAGCGCUUUCGUCAUGUUCUUGAAACACUCAAACACUUUAAAAACAACUCUUUCAAGCUUUUAGUGAGGGUAUGUUGCGAAACACCGCAGUUCACUGCAACAACUCAAAAUCUUAACAAGAAUAUUUGUCUUAUUUCUAGUUGAAAUGUCUCAUUUUUAGUAAAAAAAAAAAUCUCAUUACACGUAAAAGAAGACUCGUCGCUGGAAAAAACAACAA